AUGCCGUUCAAACCACCUGAGGUCGUAAAAUGUCCAAGAUGCAAUCAGAAUGUCUAUGCAGCAGAGGAAGUUCCAGCAGCUGGAAAAAAAUUUCAUAAAAUGUGCUUUAAAUGUGGAUUGUGCAAAAAAAUGUUAGAAUCAACAACAGUAGCUGAACAUGAUGGAAAUCUUUUUUGUAAACAAUGCUACGCACGUAAAUAUGGGCCAAAAGGUUGCGGAUAUGGUGUUGGUGCUGGCGCCUUAGGAAUGGAUACUGGCGAACAUCUUGGUAAUCGUGAAACAGCAAUGACGAACAAACCGAAUUAUGCUCCUCCUCCUGGUGCCAAUCAAGCUAGUCAUGAAUAA